AUGCUGGACACCGACCCCUGCCGAGGAGCCAGUUCCGCGAGUGACUCCUAUCAGAACUAUUAUAAUCAUAGAGAGGACGCGCCCUUCGACCUCUCUCCCUGGCAGAGGCGGCACGUGGACGACCACCGGAACAGGGUCCCGCACAGUGAGGUGAACGUUCAUGAUGAUGGUGACGACCAGCCCAUUAACUUUGCGUAUUAUCACUUCUAG